AUGAGCAGGCAUGAGGAGGCAUGCAGUGUGUGCUUGGGCGAGUACGAAGUGAAUGAGAGGGUGAAGCGGUUGCCACCCUGCGGCCACGAGUUCCAUGAGGCAUGCAUUGACCUGUGGCUGACCAACCACGUCACAUGCCCCAUGUGCAGAUGCUCCCUUCUGCCCCCACAGGUGCGUCCAGUGCUGCACUAA